AUGGCCACCAACUCAGACUCGAUGCAGCAGGUGUGCAUGCUGUGCCGCCAGGCACAGGCGGACCCAGAGAUCUGCGGGUACCUAGUGAUUCGGCGAGGCUUCUGUGCCCAUGUGUUUUGCCUGUGUUUUGCCAACAACAUCGCUGCGGAACCCGUUCAGGAAGGAGCUCUGGGAUUUCACUAUGAGGACAUUCAGCGUGGAAUCGAGGAGGCAGCACAGAAGAACUGCUGCGUCUGCCGCCAGAGCGGGGCCGCCAUCACCUGCCAGGAGACGGGCUGUGAAUGCAGCUUCCAUCUCCCCUGUGCCACAAAGGGUGGAUGCAUCGCCCAGUACUUUGUUCCGUUCAGGGCCUUCUGCAGGGAGCACCGCCCACAGCAGGUGGUGGAGGCAACUCCGGAGAAGGACACCACCUGCCUGGUCUGCAUGGAUCCUGUGGACAAACAACUGUCCUAUAUCACCAUGGUGUGCCCGGUGUGCCGACAUGCCUGGUUCCACCGGGAAUGCAUCCAGGGACAGGCUCUCCAUGCUGGCAUUUCAGCAUUCCAGUGCCCGCUCUGCAGAAACAGGGGCAAAUUUCUCCGAGAAAUGCUCACCUUGGGAAUCCACGUCCCCAGAAGGGGCUUCAGCUUCACGGAGGAGCUGGAAACAGGGCAGAGGCACAGCCGCUGCGAUGCCAGCGAGUGCCUCUGCCCCAGAGGCCGGCAGUGGGCAGAAGAAGACGG